UUCACCGCCUUGUUUGGUUUCGGGAAUUUCACAAUCCUUGCGCCUCUUCUCCUCCGCUGCUUAUCUCUGCCUCUUUCUCGCGCUCUAUCACUCGUCUCGUCUCAUCUCAUCUCGUCUAGAUAAGACUGUCUAACAUAGUAGAAGAAGAAGAAAACGAUGCUCUGUGUUCGUGGGGGGCUAAAUGCGGGGAUCCAGCUUAAACCCGACAUCAAAAACUUGCUCGCGCGAGAUCUGUCAAGUAUAGAAACACAUUCUGCUUGCAUCAAAACUUCCUCAAGGAACAGAACACGCAUGUUGAAGUCAACGAAAGUAUCCUGUGCUCACAACGAGCAACAAGAGAAAAGACAUUUAGUCAAAAUGUGUGGAAUUACAUCAGCUAGAGAUGCUGCUUUGGCAGCAGAAGCUGGUGCAGAUUUUAUAGGUAUGAUUAUAUGGCCUAACUCAAAGCGUUCUAUUUCACUAACUGUUGCAAAGGAAAUUUCAAAAGUUGCAAGGGAAUAUGGAGCAAAGCCUGUUGGGGUCUUUGUAGAUGAUGAUGCUGAUACAAUACUGAAAGCAUCUGAUGCAGCAGACCUUGAAUUGGUUCAGCUUCAUGGGACUGGUUCACGAGAUGCUUUUCCGAUUCUAGUGAAGGAGGAAAAACAAGUAAUAUAUGUUCUUCAUGCAAAUGAAGAUGGAGAACUUUUGAACACUAUUUCUGAUGAAGAGUCUUCUAUGGUUGACUGGGUUCUAGUUGAUAGUGCCAAAGGUGGCAGUGGUAAAGGAUUCAAUUGGGCACGCUUUAAGCUCCCGCCGAUCAGAAGUAAAUACGGGUGGCUCUUGGCUGGAGGGAUUUACCCCGGGAAUGUAUGUGAAGCGCUUUCUACUCUAAAACCGCAUGGAGUUGAUGUCAGCAGCGGCAUUUGUGCUCCAGAUGGGAUUCAAAAGGAUAAGUUGCAGAUACUCUCCUUCAUGAAUGCGGUGAAUUCUCUAUGUUAGAUGACAUUACUAAUGCAAACAGACCUUGUGUUAGAGUACGAGCAGAGCUGUGUUAAGAGUACCUCUUUAUAUAGAGGGUCUUUGAGCCAUUCUUAUAUAAAGAGUGCAAGAUUAUUAGCAUACAUUAUUUCUCAUUUUGGUUCACUUCACUUGCUCUGGUCAAAAAGGUGCAACAUGAUUGGACAAUUAGAACAAUGUUGAAUGAACAUUAUUGAAAGCACUCUGCAUUAGUGCAAUGGCAUUCUUGUUAAUCAGGUUUGAAUUAUGAAUA